AUGUUUGGUCAUCCAAAUUAUAGGGAACAACCACCAAGUCAACCAUUGGUCUCACUAACAACUCUUUCACCUGAAAUACUUAGUCGUCUAUCUCAAGCACUACAAACUGUUCCGAAGCCUAUUCUACAACCACAAUCAACCAAUAGUUACCAAAAACUUGUAGCUCAACAACAACAGCCAACUUACCUAAAAUCCACAACACCAAAUCCUCCAAAAAAUGUUCCAACACUUGGUCAGCAACAAAUGGGCAUACCACAACCAACAACAACAAAAUUAAUGGAUCAUUUAGCACAUACUCAAAUGCCUCCAACUCAAAAACCUCCCCAACCAGUGGCAAGCUCCUCUACAAUCAGAGCUAAUAAUCAACAACCAGCCCAAACAGCACGUCUAUCAAGUGUGUCAUCCUCAUUUAAUCACCAUAGUACCACCCAAUCACAAAAUCAAAUACAUAAUCCAACACCACAACCAUUUUCGACCGAUUUCGAUUUGGGUGAUCGUAGAACAAAUCAGCCAACACAUGGUCGUCCAGUACCAUUCAAUUAUCAACCACCAAUGAAUCAGAAUGCUAGUUAUCCAACAACAGAACAAUCUACAAAUUUGUUCCGUGACGUUAGACAGAAUCCUGCUUCAUUCCAACAAAUGGUACAAACAAUGAAUUUGAACACUAUUAAGGCAUUAGGUGUACAAUAUUUAAGAUACCUUUCAGCCUUAAAAAGUAACUAUUGGGGUAAUGACAAGCAACAACUGGUUUCGAAUUGUAUCAAUCUGUUGACCAUCAUCAAGACGCAAUGCAACAAGAUUGUUUCACAACAGCAGCAGCAACAGCAACAACAAAACAAUCCAUACAAUAAUCCUUUCCAUACAAAUCCAUUUCCUCCUCAAAAUGUCAACAAUAUUCCAACAACUACAAAUACUUCUACCUAUCAAGCAUAUUACACACAAAGUACGCAAAGGGACGGCACAAGAACAAUGACCUCUACCACUACUACAACCUUCCAAAAUACACCCCUCCAUAAUCUAUCAAUGAUACCUAACAAUCCAAAUACUGCACUUCAAACACAACACCAACAGCACGGCCGUGUAGGCAUUGAAUACUAUAGGUCAAUAAUUUCACAAGCCAAUAAUCAAACUGCUCAAUCUUCAACAAUGACCCGAGUUCAAACCACCUCUUCACCAAUCAACAAUAACACAACAACACUCCAACUACCUCCCCAACCAACAACGUCGACAUCUUCCUCUACAGUAGUACAACCGUCCUUGGUUGACUUAAAUGAUAAUACAGACUAUAUCAAUAACUGGUUCAACUUUGAACAUUAA